ACUUGGAGUAAAGAUUCUGUUUAGCUGUUACUCCCACAAAAGCCUAUAUAAGGCAUGAAGUUCUUUCCUCUCCCUCUCCCUCUCCCUCUCCCUCCAAGGAAUCUCCGAAGACUUACCGAUCAACUCCUCACCAAAAGCCACUGUCCCUGCUGUGAACGGAUUUCGCGACCUCUGAAUCCGUUGUGAAGUGCUUGGAUAGAUCGCAAGCAUGACUGCUGGGAAGAUGCGUGGAGAGGCUGAUGAUGGGGAUAGUGCUGCGGCAUUGCCGAGCAUAUCAAUGCGAAUAGAUCACUAUCUGGAUGAGCUGUUAAAGAAAAAGGUUUCGAAGAGAGUGGAUGCUCUGACAUCUAUUAUUCGGAUCUUGUCCAGCAGGAUGCAGACUGAGUUCGUAGAGAAAAAUUUUGCAACCUUAUUGUAUCGGUUCCUAAUUUCGCUGAAGAAGGGCCCUGCCAGAGAGAGAGAUCUCGCCUCUAAUGCACUUGGACUGCUGGCAAUGACCAUCCAUUGCAGGGAUAAGGCACAUGAGCUCUACAAUGAGUCAACACCCUUACUGUCCAAGGCUCUAAAUUCCAAUUCUAAUACUUCAAAGGAAUUAGAUGGUUUGGCCAUCAUCACAUUUUUCUGUAAUGAGAAUUCAAUGGAGGUGGAGAAUAUGAUGCAGAUAAUAUGGGACAACAUCCAUCAAGGCAGUGACUCAACUGCAACAGGAAAUACUGACAGGAAGAUGUGUCUGAUAUCUGCGUGGUCUUUUCUCCUGUCAACUCUUGAUGGAUGGAGACUCAGUUGCAGAUGUUGGAAAGGGGCGAUUUCUUACUUCUCCAGAUUGUUGGAGGAUGAAGUGCUUCAUGGUGUGGCUUUGGAGGCACUUUUUUUGAUAUAUGAAAAUGGGUCUCUACAUAAUUUUCUGGGGACCUUGUUAGAUCCAAAGAUGAAGCAGUUCAAUAUACAAACAUUGCUGCCGAAAAUAAUUCAUCAACGAUGGAAUUAAAGGAAGAGAUAGACAAGCUGCUUAAAAACAACAUCUCAGACUCGAAAUCUGAUGUUUCAAAAUACUUUCAGG